GCUCACUCUCACUUUUCUGUGUUCUAGCAGCUUUAAACGCACGCACCAGACUGCGGUCUCAUCUCCCGCUGCGAUUUCAGCAACGACUCACUUUGAAUUAUUAAAACAAAAUCAUGGGAGUCAUGAUCAAAAACGAAGUUUUCUCCUGCUUUGUUUUCUACGGCGCGCUUCUGGUGAUAAAAAUGUACAUAAUCGCGGUAAUAACGGGACAAGUGAGGCUGCGUAAAAAGGCGUUUGCCAACCCGGAGGACGCGCUGAGACACGGAGGUUUGCAGUACCACAGAGAGGACGCGUACGUGGAGAGAUGCCGGAGAGCUCACCGUAACGACAUGGAGAACAUCUUCCCCUUCCUCUUCCUGGGUGCUGUCUACUCCAUGACUGGACCUUCCCUGGCUGUGGCCCGCCUUCACUUCCUGGUCUUCUUCAUGGCUCGGGUGCUGCACACCGUUGCCUACCUGCUGGCCCUGCGAGCGCCGACUCGCUCUCUGGCCUACACCGUCGCACAGGUACCUUGUGUCUCUAUGGCGGUGCAGAUCCUGAUGGCGGUCGCAGCGUAUGCCUAAAUGUCCACGAGUGAGCCAGAACAGCUCAGAGAGAAAGAAGAGGAGGAGGAGGAGGAGGAGGAUACUUGAGAGGCCUCUCGGGACGAAGCACAUGAAGUACAAGAAUGUCAGUGACAAUAUGAGGUGUCUGAUUACACCUCGUCUGGGAUCUGUGACAUGUUGUCAGUAUUUUUUAUUGUUUUAUUAACUGUGAGGAUCUCUGAAAAGCUAUUUGAAGUGGACAUCUUGUACUGUAUUUAAAAUGCAAAUGCUCCCUUUUUGUGCCUUUGAGCAGGUUUUGUUGAAAUGAGCGGAUGGAAUUUAAGCCUCACGGACGUUUAGUUUAAGCCACUCGGGACUGUGUGUGCUCGUCCCUGCCUCCUUCUUUGUUUACACACAACGCAGACCACCACCAUUCAUGUGGUUUGUACCCUGCCGUUUCCUGCAUGGAUAUUCCAUCUGUUGUGUUAACAUUUGUUUGUGAACUACGUUCAACAAAACCGUAAUGUGUCCCGUCGUGGUGACUGGUUACUCAGUGAAGUACAAGCUUGAUGCUUUUAACUGUCUCCCAGUUUCUUUUUAAGGAAAGCUUGCAACAACCUGCAGAAAAAGAACUGCAUUGUGUAAUAUUUUAUUUGUAUCUGUGAAGACAUGUUUCAAGGCUGUUUUUUUAAAAAGUAUUUUAUUUAUUAUUCAGUGUAAGGUGAUGUUUUUCAGUCCCCAUGCUGAUGCAUUUUUGUAGACAAUAAAGCAAUUCACGCACAUGCAUCCA